AUGUCAAGAAAAGUAGUUUCAUUUUAUAAUAGUGAUAAAGAUUAUUACGAGUUUACUAAUUUUUAUCUAGUGCCAAUUAACAUUAGUGAAAUACCUCAGAGUUUAGGUUUAAGUUCGGCUUUAAUCAGAAACCAAUGGAAGACCAGCGAACACCUUUUCCAGGCUGCCAAGUUUACCGACUCAGCAAUCAUUGAGGAAAUUUAUGAAGCAAAAACUCCAAGAGAAGCCUAUGAUUUAGCCAAUGGGAGAAGUGGCAGAUAUAGAGGUAAUGGUGUAGAAGGAAAUGGUAUUAAUUAUCCUCUUAGAGAAAACGAGGGGGAAAAUUGGUUAGGAAGAGUAUUAGUUAAAGUUAGAGAAGAAUUAAAAACCAAUCAAAGAACUAAUUCUAAUACAACUUCAUCACCAAAAGGAACACCAGCGAACUCUUCCCAAACUUCUCCUGAAAAUAACAAUUCCAAUCCACCAAAACAAACCAAUAACGAAAAUAGUAAUCAUAAUCAAUCCCCUGAACCUGAGCAACCAGAGGAAAAAGAAAAUUAUUCACCAAACAAUAAUAAUGAUAAUGGUUCAAUUCCAACGGAUAAUGGUAAUUCAGACCAAACGGGCAACCAUAAUCAACCUCCCACAAAUCCCAAACCAACCAAAGAGGCUAAAAAUGCCUCAGAUAAAUUAAAUCAAGCUAAACAAAGUAAUGAUAAAGAUGAAAUAGUAAAUAUCCUUAAUAAAACCAAAGAGACUGUCCAAAAUAGUUCUGAUCCUAAUUUAAAUAAGUUAAGGAAUGAGACCGAAGAUAGAUUAGGUCAACUGGAUAAAGAAGAAUUAAGAAAAAUUAUCAAAGAAGAAGUAACUAAGGAAUUACAAAAGUUUAAAGUAAAAACUGAUGAUUUAAGUCCACAAAGUAAGCAAAAACUCGAAGAAUUGAAUAAUAAUAAUAAUAUCGAGCCUAAUGAAAUCAAAAAUAUCCGAACUAAAGUCUUAAAUGAUGCCGGAAUGAAAGCCCUUAAUCAAUUAGUUUUUGCCUUGGAAAAAGUUUUAAAAUCUGGUCUUUCCAAGCAAACCAAAACUAAGAUUAGAGAAUUAGAAAAAUUUAUCAAGGCUUCUAAUGAAUAUGCUCAAAAUGCUUAUAAAGAAAAAAAAAACAAAGUUGAUCAGUUAUUAGCUCAAGCCCGUAACCAGUCCGAUCAAAACCAAACCCCAGUAGGGUUCGACGGAGGAGAAAAAUUAGGUAAGGUUUACGUUGAUUUAUUUAUAAAUUAUGUUUUAAAAUGUGCUCCGGUAACUCAGUGGAUAGAGUACUCGUUUCCUAAACAAGUAGUCGAAGGUUCGAAUCCUUCUCGGAGCGCCAGUAAACAUGAAAAAACUUUAUUUGCUGAACAAGGAUUUAAAAGAGGACUGGUUAAUUUAUUGCUCGAUCAUUAA